UCCAUAACAACCAAUCAGUUUGCAAAUGGCGCCUAUGGUGGUAAACAAAAUUUAAAAAUACAGAAGACUGAAUCAAAAGUCUUAGAGAUUUUUUUUUUAUGAAGUAGGCAUAUCAUAAACAAUCAAGAUGACAGUUAAUUUAGAAGAAUAUUUCCGAACAACCUUCGAGGAUAAACUCCUCGUUAAAAUGCCUGAAAGGGAGGAUGAUCAUCUCACCCCUGCAACAAGGCUCCUUGAGAAAAGGAGAGAAAUGCAGGAAGUUGAACAGGCUUUAGCUGCACAAAAAGAGGAAUUCCAAAUGAAAAUGGAAAGUUUGCAACAGAGAAGAGAAGAACUUGAAAGAAAAGAAUGUCAGCUGAAGGAAUCAUUGUUAAAGUUUGAUCAUUUCUUAAAGGAAAAUGAUUCUAAAAAGGCCAGAGCCCUGAAGAAAGCAGAAGAGGAGAGAGAAUCUAAAAAGCAAAAAGACAAAGAAAUUGAAAAAUUGAAGCAAGAAAGAGCAGAACUUGUAAAGUCCAAAGAAAAACUUCAGGCAAAAUUAGAGAAAUACAAGAUUUAUCACAGAUACAUGGAGAAAGCUUUGGAGGCUGGAGAGGAAUUUCAUGAAAUGAGGGAUAUAAUCGCUAGACAUGAUACACUGGUAGCCACUCAUGAGGAUUUGCUGGAAAGAGAAACAAAAAACCAGGAGAUUAUUGAAAAGCAGAGACAAAGUUUAUUAAAAUACAUAGAGGAUAAAGACAACGAAAUUCUUUCUUUCAACAAUGAGCUCUCAGGACUUCAGACAAGGUUAGAUACAGCCCAAAGUGAGGCUGUCAAGUGGGAAAACGAAUGGACUCGUAUCAAGAAUACAUCUGCAGAGAAAACCCUUGAACUUGGAAGAAUCAAAAUGGCUGCCCAUAAUUUGUACCAGUUAGUCAAACGCCACCAGAAGCAAUCUGCCGAUGAUGAGGAAACCUCAGAACAGUUAAAUCAGAUUCAAAUGUUCUUGGAAGAUCUGACAGACAUUGUUCGAGAUUUAAAGAGAUCAGACACCUACACUUCAACAUACAUUCCUCCCUCCUCAAGUUGAAGAGUUCCAUUCUUCUCUAUUCAAAAAAUAAAUUUGUAUAUGUAUAUUCAUAUGCUUUCUUUCAGAUAAAAAUGUUCAUGCAGGAUUUAACUACCAUUACCAAUGAAAUCAAGAGAAUGGAAAUGCCAGGAACCUCUAUUGCUCCACCCUCUUCAAGUUGAUUUCAUUUUUGUUCCUAAGCUAAAAUUUUGUUCAAAUUUAUUUAUUGACGAUUCUUAUUUUACUUGCAAAUUAAAGCAAAAACUUAAACUGAAGAUUAGAUUUAUGAAUAACAUUUUAUGCAUAUAAAAUUCUUUGUUUACUUGAAACUGCCUUUAUAUCUGGAGUUUGUUAACUUUCAAUUUUUAAUCAGUCAUGCUUGUUUCAUCAUGUAAAAUGUUUUCUUUGUUUGGAGUUAUACUGUAAGCAGAAAUCAGAGGAUGCUUUUAUUUUAAUCUUUUUAAAAUUAAUAAUUUCUUUAUUUAUUUUUUUAAAAAAAUUUUUUGGAUUAUAUACCUUUCACCAUGUGAUACAAACUAUGUAUGCAUGAUUCUUGUGAAUGAGAGGAUAAAAUGUAUCUUAAUAAUUAAGGUGCAUGAGUUUGCCUUUUUGUGUUUUUGUUACUGUGUAAGUGUAAUUUUUUUUAUUUUCAUAAUCAAGAAAUAUACAUUUUGUUCACUUUAUUUGUUAUGAAACAAUAAAAAUAUUAGGAUGUACUAA